AUGAACAAUAAUAAUAUCGUUUAUAUAUCGUCAGAUGAGAAUGAUGAUGCAGUAGACCUGUUGAAACGACAAAUUAUUAAUGAUAAGAACCGAGAUAUUUCAAAUGGAUCCAAAAUACCUGUCAUAUCAUCGAAGAAAAGACGAUUAGAGUCAUUGAAUGCGCGUUCAAAUCCUUUUCGUCCUUCUAGUCCUUCUAGAGAACCGAUGCAUCUGCAACUACGACUACAGAAUGAUAUACAAGGGAGAGUAUUUAGUGAACAAGGAUCUCCAAUGGAAGUCGAUUCCCCUAUUGAGGUUAUAAGUAUUAGUAGCGAUGAUAAUGAAAUGAUAAACAGAGAUAAUUAUGGUCGUCUGGAAGACGUCUCCAACAAUAUAGAACCUGAAAAGAAUUUUGAUUUAUCACAUAUCAGUAUCAAUGAUGAAAAUGGUACUACUACAAAUUUAAGCAGCGAUAGAGAAAAUUAUGUUCUUGGAAAUCGCUCUGAUGAUGAUCUUGUUAUCUUAAACCCUGAAGAAGCUUAUAAAAGUGGUAAGUUUAAACAAUCCUCAUUCGAGAGAAGACCUGUGGAGGUACUGAAUUAUCCUGAGCCCAUGAUAUCCCCUUUUGAUAAUAUGUACAAUCAGCCCGCACCUGUUCCUCAUGUUUCAGAUGCUGGAUUUUCUGCAAAUGACCUUAAGGAGAAACAAGGAAGAGAAAAGUUAGAAAACUACUUGCGCGAACAACAAAGUCUAGUUGAAAGUUAUUUGCCUGCCUCAACUGAACAAUCCAAGUAUAAGGAUGCCUUGAAGAGUAUUUCAGAUGUUGUGCUUAAACUAACAGAACAAGCGAAGGUAUAUCAAUCUAGAGGAGAUUCUACUCUGAUGGAGAUGUGGGGUAGCAUUAAUAGUAUUCUAGAGGGUAAGAUUUCACAGUUAACGGCUGCUAAGAGGAAAUUCAGUGAAUCCAGAUCAAAGUUUGAUACAAUUGUGUCAAGGUUAAACAUGGUAAAUGAUGGUAUAAGAAGUCUACGUGUCACUUUAGGUUAUGGCAACCAUGAGAGCCAAGUGCCAUCUUCUCAAUUUAGAGGGUACGCAUCCAAUGUAUACUCUCAUAAUACAGAUGACGAACAUAUUCAAGACUUACUUGACAACAUCCGACCUGAUGAAGAAUUAAAAGAUGGUUUAGAGUUGACACCCACGGAUUUAUCAAUAAAUUUAAUGAAACAUCAAAGGAUGGGACUCGCAUGGUUGUUAAGGAUGGAAAAUUCCAAGGCAUUGGGCGGAAUUCUAGCAGAUGAUAUGGGUCUAGGUAAGACCAUUCAGGCUCUUGCAUUGAUUAUGGCUAAUAAACCAAAGGGAGAUGAAACUGUGACUCUAAUCGUUACGCCUGUAUCUCUUAUGAGACAAUGGGUUGCUGAGAUUGAGUCAAAGCUAAAAAGGUCUGCUAAUAUAAAGAUUGGUAUAUUCCACGGCGCUGAGAAAAGGAAUUUACUGACAUUCAAAGAAUUCGAGAGAUACGACAUUAUCAUGACAUCGUAUGGUACCCUUUCUUCUGAAUGGAAGAAGCAUUAUCGUGAAGAGCUUCUGAAGGAAUCGAGCUCACGAAGUAGAAACAUACUUCCAUCACUUUCUUCCGGAGGUCAGAGUUAUACGUCGCCAUUUUUCACCAGAGAAGCCAACUUCUAUAGGAUAAUUCUUGACGAGGCUCAAAACAUCAAAAAUAAAUUUGCUAUUGCUUCGAAAGCAUCUGCAUGCUUGAAAGGAAAGUAUCGGCUCUGUUUAUCUGGUACGCCUAUACAGAAUAAUAUUGAUGAGUUAUACCCCCUCCUUAGAUUUUUGCACAUUCGUCCGUAUGAUGACGAAGUCAAAUUUAGAGCUGAUAUUGCGUUACCGUUGAAGUCUAAUAACGACUCUUAUGAUGAUUUUGAUAAGAAGAAGAGUUUAAGGAAACUAAGAGCUUUACUAAGGGCUGUGUUGCUUCGUAGAACUAAAAAUUCCUUGAUCGAUGGUAAGCCAAUUUUGCAACUACCAGAGAAGCAUAUAUUGGAGGACAAUGUCACUAUGCGAAAAGAAGAGAAAGAAUACUAUCAAUCUUUAGAGGCGGGUAUUCAAAAAAAGGCACGUAGUCUAUUAAUCGAAAGAAGCGGCAAGAACCCUGGCAUAGCAUCAAACAUCUUGGCUUUACUAUUGAGGUUAAGACAGGCAUGUCUACAUAGCUUCCUAGUAGAAAUAGGCCUACUGAAAUCUGAAUCUGCAGAUGUCGCGGAAUAUAAUUCCAAAAACUGGAGGUCAUCAUCUCAGAAAGUCAGGAAUUUAGAACCAAAAGUGAUUGAUAAUGUGAAUUCAGUUUUGUAUAAUGCUGACAGUACAGGAAUAUUCUCCUGUCCUCAUUGUUUUAAUGUGACAUCUUAUGAAUCAGUCAUGAUCUUCCCAACUUGUGGUCAUAUGAUUUGCUUCAAGUGUGUUGAUGAUUUCUUUGCUGAUAAUGAUAUUAGCGAAGGUCAAGAUGAUACAAGAACAGCAUCGUGUAAUCAAUGUGCAAAGCCGAUCAGAGACUCUGAUUUGAUAGAGUAUGAAAUAUACCAUAAAAUAAUAAUUGAAAAACUAAGUGACAUGGAAUUAUCAACUCAAUUUGAUCAAAAAAGCUCUUUACUUUCUAAAAAAUCAGUUGACUCCGUUAUAAAAGGCUUGAUUAAAGAUAACAAUGGCACAUUUCCUAUGUCAGCUAAGUUUGAGAAAUGCUUAUCUCUUAUUAAUGAGGUUUUUGAGAAGUUUCCGAAUGAAAAGAUAAUAAUCUUUUCCCAAUUUACUACUUUAUUCGAUUUGAUUAAGAUUGUGCUAGACAGGGAGAACAUUCCUUUCUUAAGGUAUGACGGUAGCAUGUCUGUGGAAAAAAAGAAUUCUACCAUUAAAGAAUUUUAUCAAGGGGACAAAAAAGUUUUACUUCUUUCCUUAAGAUCUGGUAAUGUUGGUCUCACAUUAACAUGUGCAUCCCAUAUUAUAAUGAUGGAUCCUUUUUGGAACCCCUACGUGGAAGAGCAAGCUAUGGACAGGGCUCACAGGAUUGGUCAAGAAAGAGAGGUUCACAUUCAUAGGAUUUUGAUGGAAAAUACCAUUGAAAGCAGAAUUAUGGAGUUACAAAAUUUAAAAAAGGAGUUGGUCAGCAAUGCCCUCGACGAAAAUGGUAUGAAAUCAGUUAGUAAGCUUGGACAAAGAGAAUUGGGUUUCUUAUUUGGCUUGAAUACCUUGCGAUGA